GGCAGCGGCUUCCGCUCCCCUUCCCUCCCCAGCUCUGUGUUGCUGACGUUCCUAUGUCCCCAUUUCUGCCGAUCCCCGUGGAAUGAGCGCCUCAUGUGGCUUCCUUCGUCGGAGUCUGCCGCGACUGAACCUCUACAUCCGCCUGGGAGUCCGUCAAAACGCUUCACCUGAAGAAAUCAAAGCCGCCUUCCGCGAACUGGCCAAGAAGUAAGCAACACAGCUGCUAGUUGUUCAUUGGUGGUCAUCUGUGUGCCUGUCUGUCGCGCCAGGUAUCAUCCUGACCUCAAUCCCGGCCUCCCCGAAGCUCUCGAGAAGGUCAGAUCCACAGAGUGAAGUGAGCACUAAGGUUUCGCACGUGUGUGUGGAGUGUGUUGUGUGGCGUUGGAUGUAUGGUAUGGAUGUGUGUGAAGUUCAAGAAGAUCCAGGAAGCGUAUUCGGUUCUGUCCAACGAUUCGUCGCGGCGUCAGUACGACAGCUCCAGCCACUGGGACGGCGAUGUGUGGCCCAACCGGUCACGGCCGCCACCCGGUGCACGCCCGUGGGGGCCGUCCGAUAGAGACAAUGUGUGGAACAAGACCGAGACCAUGGGCCACUUCAACUGGAGGAAACGGCACGAGGAGUGGGCCAGACGAGAGGCCAGCCACUACGCGGACACUGACUCGACCGACGAUGGUGGUGGUGACUCAGCCGACGGGUCAGCAGCGUCAUCCGCCACCGCAUCGCCUAGCAGCAGCAGCCGCAGCGGGCGGUCGCGUCCGAUCUUCCGGACGAGCGAGGCCAACGCGGAGGCCAUGAGGAAGCGGAUGAGCCGGGAGGAGCUCGAGGAAGCUGAAAGGGAGCGCGACGCACAGAUGGACGCGUGGCGUGCCGAGGUGGAGCGCCAAUUCGCGCAGAUGAAGCAGGCCAAGGAGGAGGCAGAGGGCCCGCAGCUGGGCGUGGCGUCGGGGUGGUUCCGUCGGCGGCACCAAACGGCGAGUGAGUCGGCGCACGAGCGGUUCGAGAAGAAGAAGGACGUGUGGGACCGGGCAGAGGCGCGGGAGGCAGCGGAUACGUGGUGGGUGAGGUUGCGGGGGGCGCUGUUUGUCGCGGUGGCCGCUCCGCUGGUGUUCACAUUCGGAAAAGUGUUUCUCUAUGGGUGAAUUACUUUAUGGGGGUCUGUCCAGCCAUCUGUUGCUUGAUUUUUCGACGAGUGCGUCGUCGCGCGCGAGCUUUGUUGUUACCAGAGCCUGUACGCCACGAUGGCUUGGCUUGGCUGGAGGAUCAGUGACAGGUGGGCUGAUGGAUGAGACCCGGGAUGGGCUGUUUACUUUUUUCUUCUGGGCGAGAGCAGUCAGGUCAGACCCGGGGGGUCAAUCAUGAUGUGUGUACAGUCAUCAGUGCGAUCUGUGUGGGUGUGGGUGUCGAUGGUUGGUGGGUAUUUUUCUCUCCCUCUCUGCUUGUCGGCCGCCACGUGCUCUCUCAGGCGCGGCAAAGGUGUAUCAAGAUUCGUUGCUUGUCGUGUGUGUUAUGAGUGAGCUGCAUGGCUCGCUGGGUGGCUCUCCCAUAUAGUGAGUGAGUGAUCCAAUUCGUGAGAAGCGACAGACACGAAUGCAUUCAAGUGGGCGGUGUCGACGG